CUUCUCCAAUAUGUAGCAAUAUUCUUUUCCCGCGCCCAUUUCCAAUCGAUCGAGAACGAGUGGGAGCGACAGCGAGAGGGAGGAGAAAUCAGGAGAGCGAGGCGAAGAGAGAGGGCGGUUGUGAGAGAGAGGGAGGAUGUGCGGAAGGACUCGUUGCACCCUCAACACCGAUCAAAUCGCUAGGGCUUGCGGCCUCACUGUCAAUGCCGCCUCCAUCCGCACCCACGAAAUCGACCGGUAUCGUCCGUCCUACAACGUUUCGCCAGGGGCGUACCUGCCGGUGGUGCUCGUGGAGAGGGCCACGGGAGAAGCGGAGGAGUCGCCGGCCAUCCGUUGCAUGAAGUGGGGUCUGGUUCCCAGCUUCACAAAGAAGACCGAGAAGCCUGAUCACUACAAAAUGUUCAAUGCUCGAUCAGAAUCAAUAAAAGAGAAAGCUUCAUUUCGUCGACUUGUUCCUACUAACCGGUGCCUUGUGGCAGUAGAAGGAUUCUACGAGUGGAAGAAAGAUGGUUCAAAAAAACAACCAUACUAUAUACAUUUCAAGGAUAACCGACCUCUUGUAUUUGCUGCUCUCUAUGAUGCUUGGAAGAACUCAGAAGGGGAUAUCCUUUACACCUUAACAAUUCUGACCACAAGCUCAUCAUCGGCCUUGCAGUGGCUUCAUGAUCGGAUGCCUGUGAUCUUGAGGAAUGAGGGUUCUGUUGAUGUUUGGUUAAACAAAGCCAUACCAGAAUUCGAAACUGUCCUUAGGCCAUAUGAGGAUGCUGAUCUGGUUUGGUAUCCUGUGACAACUGCAGUUGGUAAACCAUCCUUUGAUGGGCCUGAGUGUAUUAAAGAGAUACAACUCAGCUCAGCUGACAGAAACCCAAUAUCGAAGUUCUUUGCAAAGAAAACUGAUGAUAAGGACCAGAUGGAGGUAAAGCAUGGUAAGUCCCUCAAGGAAUCUCCGAAAAAAGAGAUUUUUGAUAUAGCUGCGGAACUCAGUAUAUCAUCUGAAGAAUCGCCACAAGGAGAUCACUUCGAUGAUCUGAAAGAACAUCUGGAAUUCAACACACAUGCAAAUGCUGAUGAGUCUGAUCACUUCUCCCUGCUCAAGAAUCCUAGCAUAGAACCAGAAAUUUGUGGCACCAAAAGAGGCUCCGGGGCUAUUGCACCUGAUUCUGGACUAACAUCUGAGAAGGGCUCUAAACCUAAAAAGAAGGCACGGCCUGUUAAGAAUACUGGGGACAAGCAAGCUUCCCUCCUAUCAUAUUUUGAGAAGGCCUAGACGUUUUUUUGUUCAGUAUAUUUUGAUGCUUGAACAUGUUCCUUGUACAACUGCAACAAGUUUGCUUGUAAUUGUCCUUUUACCUGUGAAGUCCAAACACUAAUCAGUGACCUGGUAACUAUAUACUACAAGUGUUCUUAGCUCACAAGAAGCCGGAAGUGUAAGCUUU